UGUUGUGUUGACGAUUGACGUAACAGACAGUGGUGGAAGUGGUUUGUUAACUUGUCAUAAGUACAGAUUUUUAUGUUUACAAAACAUAAUUGAACUUAUUAAGCGGUUAUUAUGAAUGUAAAGUGGCAUAUUAUCAACGUCCGACUAUUUAUUUAAUAAUUUUCAAUGUUUGUGUGCAGUUUUAACGUACCGCGGAGAAAAAAGCAGCUGAAAACGUUGGGGUCACUAUGUUAAUUAAUUGAAUGAGGACAUCCCUUAUGACUAUGCCGGCCCUCACCUUCUAACUUCGUAGAAUGUCCGGACACGCCGUAGUUGUAUGGGAAUACGAAAUCCGAACAGGUUAUUGGAAACCCUACAGCCCUGCAGUCACCCAACACCUAGAACGUGCAAACGCGAAACAGCUGACUCGAGUACUUUUAUCGGACGCCGAUCCUACGCUCUUUAACUUUUACGUCAAUUUACGAACCCUUACGCAAGUACAAGAAGAAACAGAUGUGGUCGUUAGAGUUCGACGCAAGUGCUAUCCUCCCUCGUCCCCAGCUGGUAAAGGCGCCAAAUGGGAAUGCGUGGAUCUCGAGAACGACAGCGACUGGCAUCCUUUUGAUAUGGACAUACAAUGUCUUAUUGAGGAAGCCUGGGCCAACGGAGACCAGAAUAUCGACAUGAGCAAAACUCAUCUCGGUUUUCCGUAUUUGAUAAAUUUUAGCAAUUUGACGCAGAGGUGGCUGACGAACGGGCAUGUUCGCAGCGUUAGACGAGUCAAACAAGCUCCCUAUCCAUUAGUUAAAGUCAAGCUAGAGGAGUUGACGUCCGUUACAGGACGUCGAUCUGAGAAUACCAAAAGUGCCAAAAACUCCGCGCAGCAAAGCCACGGGAAGACCAUUGGUAGCAGUGCCGCUUUAAACGUCGUGGAGAAUAAACGAAGUGCCAAUAAAAAGAGAACGCAUAGUAAACCAAAGAACGGAAACGAUUCCAGUACUACUAAUCUAGCUAGAGCGAUAUUAAACAAUUUAAAUAUUUUUAGUAAUAAAUCAAGCAACAAUAACAUAACUUCCAACUCUGAGAACCGCACCCACAAAGAAUCUCUGUUGGAUGCCGAUAGCAGUAGCACUAAAUCCGGUAGACGGCCAAGUUUGGACACAGUUUCGACGUACUUGAGUCAAGAAAGCCGUGAAAGUCAGAACACCGUCUCUACAACUGAUCUACUAAAUUGUGGUACCAGUAGCGAGGAUGACAACGUCGAACACGAUUUGCUUUCCAUUGUUGUAGGUGUCGAUCCGGCUAGUGCAAUAAUCUCCAAAUUCGUACGGGUAUCACAACCUUGUGAAUGGGCCCCCCGUCAACCGUGUCCGACAUGUAGACAGCCUUUGCGACCCACGCUCGUAGUGGUCGCUUUACCUUGCAACCACGUGUUGCACUUAGACUGUCUAAAUUACUCGCUGACCGAGCAACAAGAGAAUGGAGAUCACUUACACAUAGACUGUUCUAUCUGUGGGUGUGUAUAUGGCGAAAAGCACGGUAAUCAGCCGCCAGGAAUCAUGGAAUGGGGAAUCAUCGAUAAAAGGUUGCCCGGACAUCAGAACUACCGAACCAUACAAAUUGUCUACAACAUUCAGUCGGGCAUUCAAGGCCCUGAUCAUCCCAAUCCAGGAAAGGAGUACUACGCUGUAGGUUUUCCGCGAGUGGCUUAUUUGCCUGAUAGUCCCAAAGGUCAGAAAACUCUACGAUUAUUAAACAUCGCAUGGCACCGGAAGUUGAUAUUUACUAUAAGUAGAUCCAACACUACCGGUUGUGAGGACGUUGUAGCUUGGAAUAUUCCCCACAAGACGGAAAUCGGGCCGAGUAAUAGUGCCCAUAGUUAUCCGGAUCCGGGAUAUUUGACAACCGUCUUAAGAGAAUUAGAAGCAUUGGGAGUUGUAGAAGAGGAUACAAGGUGAAAUUUGCAAUAGAGAAAAAGUACUGUUUAUUACGCUUAAAAUGCAAUUAAGAUUUUAUAGGUAGAAGAGUGUACAGUAUUUGAUAGAAAUUAUAUUAAAAUAUAUUUUAUUAAUAAAGUGAUAUACUUUAUUGUA